CCACAUUUUUAUUAUAAAUAGGAGUGAUUGUUUAGGAGCAACUUUGUCUACACUUCUCUCUCACUUCUCUCUCCCUCACACACUGAUCACACACUGAGGAGCUCACGGCGAAGACAUGAAGAGUGUAAAGAUGUUCACAGCUUAUGCGCUGGUGUUCCUCUUGCUGUCCUCACUCAUCUCUCAGGCGUGCAGCGCUCCGAAGGGCAGGUUCCAGCGGCGUAACUGGACUCCUCAGGCCAUGCUGUACCUCAAAGGCACGCAAGGACGCCGCUUUGUGUCUGUGGACAGAAACGAGGGUGACGUGUUCGACACGCUGCACUUGGAAACACAGAAUGAAGACACCGAGAAUCUGAGCGUCUCCAAGGCGGCCACGGUGCUCCUCAACUUCCUCCAGCAAGCCAAGGACGAAGGGAUGGAUAACGGAUUGUUUUUGCAAGACGCGCCAGUGUGGAAAAGAGACUACUUCUGAGAAAGCUCCUGUGUAAUAUAUAUAACUGAAGUGUACAGUUUGAUUUCUUUCUUUAUUUUGUUUUCUGUAUUCGG